AUAUGUGUGGGACUCUGUAAAGUAUAUUAAAUGAAGAUAGAGACAGAGAGAAGGAAAGUCACAUGGCGUCGUUGCCGCUGGGACCCCAGCACCAUCAACAUAAUCCACCACCCGACCAUCUGCAUCACCACCACCAUCACAAUGCUCUUGACCAAGCUCCACCUCCCGCUGCCGUGAAGCUCGCCGCCGCCGCCUCCGACGCGAUGGACACCGACAAGGAGAUGACAGGGUCUGCGGUUGAUGGGAAUGAUCCACUCACCGGCCACAUUAUUUCCACUACUAUUGGAGGGAAAAAUGGGGAGCCGAAAAGAACAAUUAGUUACAAGGCUGAGCGUGUCGUCGGUACAGGAUCAUUUGGAAUAGUUUUCCAGGCAAAGUGCUUAGAAACGGGAGAGACUGUGGCCAUAAAGAAGGUUCUGCAGGAUAGACGAUAUAAAAAUCGCGAGCUGCAGUUAAUGCGGUUGAUGGAUCAUUCAAAUGUGAUUUCUCUUAAACAUUGUUUCUUUUCUACGACAACCAGAGAUGAGCUUUUCCUUAAUUUGGUGAUGGAUUAUGUACCUGAGACUAUGUAUAAGGUUCUAAAGCAUUAUACCAAUUCAAAUCAGAGAAUGCCACUCAUCUAUGUCAAACUGUACACCUAUCAGUUAUUUAGAGGGCUUGCGUAUAUGCAUACCGUUGCUGGGGUGUCCCAUAGGGAUAUAAAGCCUCAAAAUAUAUUGGUAGAUCCUCUUACUCAUCAGGUCAAGAUUUGUGAUUUUGGAAGUGCUAAAGUUCUUGUGAAGGGUGAAACUAAUAUAUCCUACAUUUGCUCUCGUUACUAUCGGGCUCCAGAACUUAUAUUUGGUGCCACUGAAUAUACAACAUCAAUUGAUAUCUGGUCAGCUGGCUGCGUCCUUGCUGAGUUACUCUUGGGCCAGCCUCUCUUCCCGGGAGAAAAUGCAGUUGAUCAACUUGUAGAGAUUAUCAAGGUUCUUGGUACUCCAACUCGAGAAGAAAUUAGAUGCAUGAACCCGAAUUACACUGAUUUCAGAUUUCCCCAGAUUAAAGCCCAUCCAUGGCAUAAGGUUUUCCAUAAGCGGAUGCCUCCUGAGGCCAUUGAUCUCGCUUCACGGCUGCUUCAGUACUCACCAAAUCUUCGUUGCACAGCACUAGAAGCGUGUGUGCAUCCUUUCUUUGAUGAGCUCCGGGAGCCCAAUGCCCGCCUCCCAAACGGCCGCCCUUUCCCCCCUCUUUUCAAUUUUAAGCAGGAAUUAGCAGGAGCAUCCCUUGAGUUGAUAAACAAGUUAAUACCCGAGCAUAUUCGCCGACAAGCCGGUGUGAAUUUUAUUUCUCUCCAUCCUGCUGGGACAUGAUGAACAAAACGGAACCUGAUGUCAUCCACUUUUCAUUUUAGUCGAUUAAUGUGAUAUAACAUGUUCGUGUGAUUUUCGUUCCAAGUCAGUGGUCUUUGAUGAUGCUCCCUAUGAACUGUGUUUAACUGCAAGCUAAGUUGGCACCUCUUGUACACGUAUCUAAUCGCUUUUGUACAUUUGUUCUGCCUAAAUUUCGAUGUGUAGGAUCGAGUAUAAUGUUGGUCGUUUCAUGUCAGUGUGAGCAGAUUCUCUUGAACGGCGUAGAAGCCAAGAAGAUUUCCUGUGUAAUUCCCAUUUGUUUUGUAACUUUUGUAUUGUUUCUCUAACGUCACCUGUAAGUUGUUCAAUUUGCAAACAAGUCUCCUUAUUUAGUGUUCGUCUCCUUUUAUUUUUUNUUUUUUUUUGCAAAAAUUCUGA